CAAUGAUUCUAACUACACAGAGGGAAUAACCAUGUCUGGGCAGGGAAAAUCAUCAGGCAUCUGGUGCAGGCCUCUUCCUUUCCCCGGAUGUCUUCACCCUCCCUUGACCACUCCCCAUCCACACUUAACCCACUCUCUCAUUACUCUUGGUCCCAAAGGACAUUUUGUUUUGAUUUUCAAGGCAGGGUUUCCCUGUGUAUAGCUUUGGAGCCUGUCCUGGAACUCACUCUGUAGACCAGGCUGGCCUCAAAUUUCGAGAUCCACCUGCCUCUGCCUCCCCGAGUGCUGGGAUUAAAGGUGUGUGUCACCACCGCCCAGACCAAAGGACAGUUUAUAAGGGCCCUGAAGGGGGAUCUGGGCCCAGACUAGGGCCAAAGGGAAAUGUUUAGCUCGAGUAGGUGUGGUCAACAAAGAGCCAUUCCAAAGAUGCUUUUCUGUUAGGAACUGCGGAACUGCUUUCUUCUGUCCCCAGCCAGUCAUCUAGGUAGAAGUCUAGUUCUGUACCUCCAUUUCUUAAGGAACUAGGAGCGAGCUCCUGGGUUACCCAGUGCUUAUUUAGUAGAUGCUUACCUGGAUAUGAGCCAUACUCUUCCCAUCCCUACUUCUGCCCAGAGAGGUUUCACAUUGCAGAGUUCCAAGGGAUUGGGAACAACGUAGAAUAAUUGACCUGUAAGGUUCUAUUGACCCAGUCUGUUUUAAAUGGUUAUCCAGAGCCUUUGUGGUUGGUUGGGGCUGGGUAGCGGCUUCUGAAUGAAUCACUUAUACCUCAGUCAGUUCUCUUAGAACCCAGGGCUAUAGUUCCUUUCUUAGUCAUUGACAUAUCUAGGCUAUGGUAGGUUUGAAAUUAAUCAGACAACUAUUUGUCCUACUUAGCACAUCCUUAGAAUAUUAGCCAUAAUGAAGAGGUCUUGACAAUUAGAAAUGUCUUUCUUGGCAUACCACCAUGGCCUAUAAGAGCCCAGAGGGUGUUUUCCAGCCAUGUUCCGGCUAGCAUCAGCCACACGCCAGGACAAACUGGCUUCUAUAGAUGAGCUGAUAGCUAUAAGGCUGUUAAUAGCACUGGCAGUGCUGGGGCAGUUGGUAACUGGUCUCAGCAAAAUGCCCUGUCACCUUGGACAAGCUGUCAUGAGUCCAUGCUCACUGAAACACAGAAACCUAGCAACAGCAUUGUGGUUCUCGUAACUCGUGUGCCUGUCAUCCAUUAGCAUCGGAAGGUGGGACCCUGACCACAUGCUGUGUGGCAGGAGACAGCACCAGGCACCCACCUACUCAUUUAAAUACUUACUGAGCCCACCCAGAGAACCAGGCCCUGCACUGGAGAGUAACAUGCAGCCAGUCCCUGCUCCUAGGGACCGAACAGCUUAGUCAGGGGAGAAAGCCAUGAAACAAACUAGUGUUCCCCGGAAGAGGUCUGAUUUUGGCAGCCGUGGUGAAGUGUGGGUGCCGGGGUGGGAAUGUCAGCCCCCACUCUGCCACAUACUAACCCUGUUAUCUGACCCCUUGGAACCUCCAAUCUUUGAUCUGUAAAGCAAGAAGGGUAGGGUAGUUUGAGGACUUCAGUUCCUUCACACAUGGAAAGCCCUGGAUCUCAGUGAGCACACCAUACACAGCACUGUCUUUCAAAAGUGCAAGACCCUGAGUAGGAACCCUGUCAUUAAAAACACAGCUUCUGACACAUUUUAGGUUUACAGUGAGAUUAAGCAAAUUUUACCUUUAUAAUCAGACUACCACAAAAAAGAGAUGGGAGGGGGAAUAUCAUUUAAAAAGAAGUUUUAUUUAUUAUGUACACAGUAUUCUGCCUCUAGCAGACCAGAAGAGGGCAUCAGAUCUCAUUAUGAGAUGUGGUUGCUGGGAAUUGAACUCAGGACCUCAGGAAGAGCAGUCAGUGCUCUUAAACGCUGAGCCAUCUCCUCUCCAGCCUGGAAAAAUCAUUCUUAUUUUGCAUCUGUGGAAUGCCAGGCACUCAGCAGAAAACAUUUAAUCCUUUUAACUUUCAAUAAAGUAAGGAUUUUCACAACCCAUUUUACAAAGGACGAAACUAACUAUCAGAGAAGUUGAGUAAAUUUGCCCAGUGCUACACACUAGAAAAUUGAGCAGAAUCAAAGGCAGCUGUUAUCUGGGUGCAAAGUCCAUCUUGUAUGCUGCUAUUCCCAUGUCCGGGGUGGCAAAAGCAGUUGACUGGGUGUCAAGUACCUGCGUGGUGUGUUCAAAGUUUCCACAGAAGCCAAACAGGCAAGUGGCUAACAGCGGCCAGAGUUGACGGUUUUUUUGUUUUGUUUUUUAGGAAAGCCACACACCUGCACUGUAUGCCAUUCUUUUUACUUGUUGUAAAUGUUUUUUCUUUUAAUGAAGGCCAAACAGAAUUCUCCUGCUGGGCAGAUUUGGCCCUGCUGCUUUGCUAGCGCUCUUCCAACCAGCCAUCCCUCCCUCUGACUAAAAAGAUACGUGUUUUCUAUUUGGGACGCUGGGUGAGCCAACUCAGGACUAGCCAGGCAACCUUCUUGCGUUGAGGGCUUGAUAUCUGGUGCUGCUUACCUUUAACCGAGCUAGGAAUCACCUGAAAGUCUUUUUUGACCUGCCGGUCGGGCCUGGGAAGUUUCUUUCCUGGUGGGCGCGCAGAGGGAGUGGGUGGGUGGUGGGUGGUAGGGGAAGGUCUCCAGUAGUUGAGGCUGACCUAAGGCUAAUUUGUAAUUUUGAACUCCCGCCCCUCCUAAGGAGUUCCCGGAGUAGCUGGCCCCUGGGUUUUCCUGGAGAAGGCUUGAGCUCCGUUCAGCUCUGGGGAAGUGAUUGCCACAGAGGGCCAGUCUUCUACGCUCUGAAGCGCUGUCUGCUAGGUGUGCUGGGUUUGUUCAGGUCUGGGUUUAUUUAGGCUAGCCGGGGAGAGGGCAGUCGAGGGCGAAGGUGCACUGCCAAGAGACCUGGAGUUUCAGAUCUAGAAGGUCAAGUGGGGUGGAGGAAGCCCCUGGAGGAGGCGCAGAUGAACCGCUUGAGCAUUACCCGGUCGAGGAGCAGAAAACAGGACCGAAUCCUGUCUCCCUGGGGAUUUCCGCGUAUCCCGUUCGUUCCUGUUUUCCCAGGCUAUCCCAAGUGCAUUCAAUCCUAAAGUCCCUGCCUAUCAAGUUUCUCAGUUGCAAGUUGGUGGGGUUUAAAGGCGGCUGCGCCGUAGAGCACUCCCAUGGUGCCGCGCGCUGGGCGGGUUUGUAUUUUAAAUCCCCGCGGCCAAUCAGCAACGCGCAGGCCCUUGUAACGUUCCCAGCGCUGCGUUUGAAUUCGGGGAGGAGCGGAGCAGGGCAAGAUCCUCUGCACCGGCCGGGCCAGGUCCGCGGAGAAAAUCUAGUAGCAUGAAUGCAGCGGCCAAAGCUGGAAAGCUGGCUCGAGCACCAGCCGACCUCGGGAAAGCCGGAGUCCCGGGGGAUGCAGCUCCCGGUGCUCCAGUGGCCGCCCCGCUGUCGAAGGAGAUUCCGGAGAUCUUAGUGGACCCACGCAGCCGGCGCCAGUAUGUACGGGGCCGCUUUCUGGGUAAAGGAGGUUUUGCCAAAUGCUUCGAGAUCUCAGAUGCAGACACAAAGGAGGUGUUCGCAGGCAAGAUCGUGCCUAAGUCGUUGCUUCUCAAGCCCCACCAGAAGGAGAAGAUGUCUAUGGAGAUUUCAAUUCACCGCAGCCUCGCACACCAACACGUCGUAGGAUUCCACGGCUUUUUCGAAGACAGCGACUUUGUGUUUGUGGUUUUGGAGCUCUGUCGCAGGAGGUCCCUCCUGGAGCUGCACAAGAGGAGGAAAGCGCUGACGGAACCCGAGGCGCGCUACUAUCUGCGGCAGAUAGUCCUGGGCUGCCAGUACCUGCACCGCAAUCAGGUCAUUCACAGGGACCUCAAGCUAGGCAACCUUUUCCUGAACGAGGAUCUGGAGGUGAAAAUAGGGGAUUUUGGGCUGGCAACCAAAGUGGAAUAUGAAGGGGAACGAAAGAAGACCUUAUGCGGCACUCCCAACUACAUAGCUCCCGAGGUGCUGAGCAAGAAGGGACACAGUUUUGAGGUGGAUGUGUGGUCCAUUGGGUGCAUCAUGUAUACCUUGCUAGUGGGCAAGCCACCUUUUGAGACUUCAUGCCUAAAAGAGACCUACCUCCGGAUCAAGAAAAAUGAAUACAGUAUCCCCAAGCACAUCAAUCCUGUGGCCACUGCCCUCAUCCAGAAGAUGCUUCAGACAGACCCCACUGCUCGCCCCACCAUUCACGAGUUGCUUGAUGACGAGUUCUUCACUUCUGGCUAUAUCCCCGCCCGUCUCCCCAUCACCUGCCUCACCAUCCCACCGAGGUUUUCCAUAGCUCCCAGCAGCCUGGACCCCAGCAGCAGGAAGCCUCUCACCGUCCUCAAUAAAGGUGUAGAGAACCCCUUGCCUGACCGUUCCCGGGAAAAGGAAGAACCAGUGGUUCGUGAGGCAAGUGAGGCCAUCGAGUGUCACCUUAGUGACCUGCUGCAGCAGCUGGUCAGUGUCAAUGCCUCCAAGCCCUCAGAGCGAGGGCUGGUGCGGCAAGAGGAGGCCGAGGAUCCUGCGUGCAUCCCCAUCUUCUGGGUCAGCAAGUGGGUAGACUAUUCCGACAAGUAUGGACUUGGGUACCAGCUGUGUGACAACAGUGUGGGGGUGCUCUUCAAUGACUCAACCCGCCUCAUCCUCUACAACGACGGUGACAGCCUACAGUACAUAGAGCGCGACGGCACGGAGUCCUACCUCACUGUGAGCGCUCACCCUAACUCCUUGAUGAAGAAGAUCACUCUCCUCAAGUAUUUCCGGAAUUACAUGAGUGAACACCUGCUGAAGGCCGGGGCGAACAUCACGCCCCGGGAAGGAGAUGAGCUGGCUCGGUUGCCCUACCUGCGGACAUGGUUCCGCACGCGCAGCGCCAUCAUCCUGCACCUCAGCAACGGCACCGUACAGAUUAAUUUCUUCCAGGACCACACCAAGCUUAUCCUGUGCCCCCUGAUGGCAGCAGUGACCUACAUCGAUGAGAAGAGGGACUUCCGCACAUACCGCCUGAGCCUGCUGGAGGAAUAUGGCUGCUGCAAGGAGCUGGCUAGCCGGCUGCGCUAUGCCCGCACCAUGGUAGACAAGCUGCUGAGCUCACGCUCUGCCUGCAACCGCCUCAAGGCCUCCUCAUAAGCCUCUGUCCCUCGGACUGGUUCCCCUUCACUCUGCAAGUUCUGUCUGGGCCUUCACUGCUAGGCUCCUGGGGCUGCUGUUCAGUGCCCCUGGCCCUGGGGGCUGGGUGGGGAGCAGUGCCCCCGUUGAAGGGGUUGCUAUGUAAGUUAUUUUUGUACAUGUUUGGGUAUGGGUUUACAACCUCUUCCCUUGCCCUCAGCCCUCUGUAUCAAUUGUAUAGAUAUUUUUAUUGAAUUUGGGACUGUCCUUUUCUUAGCUUUAUAUACAUUAAAUAUAUAUACAUCA